UGUUUGACAUUUACCCCGCCCCUUCGCUCCGGGAUUCCUGGGUUGUUGACAUUACUGCCACGGGUCAGGAACAGUAAGGACCUGACGGACUCUUUCUGAACACGUAGCUACUACCUAUUCAACUCAUUUUACAAUUAGAGUUCUUCUGUUUUUAGCGCACAGGGAAACUCGACUGCAGCACGACUUUGGAUUUGGAAAAGUAAGCCCCAAAGCAAAGACAACCCGCCAUCACCACCAGAAGACGGAAGGAAAAGUGAGGCUCCCACUUCCUGAGGUGUUAGUGACUGAUCUUCUGACACCAUGGACAUGGACUCCCAAUCACAAGGCCAGCAGGCAGCAGUACCCUCGUUCCAGCCACAGAAGCCGCUCCAGCCGGACAUGGGCCACAACUCUCUGGCUAACUUCCUGAUUGAGAAGAAGAUUGGGCGGGGCCAGUUCAGUGAGGUGUACCGGGCCAGGUACCUGAUGGACAACACCUCCAUGGCCCUUAAGAAGGUUCAGAUAUUCGACUUGAUGGAUGCCAAAGCUCGGCAAGAUUGCAUCAAAGAAAUAGAUCUCCUAAAGCAACUGAACCACCCCAACGUGAUCAAGUACCAUGCAUCAUUUAUUGAGGAGAACGAGCUGAACAUUGUGUUGGAGCUGGCUGAUGCUGGGGACCUCUCCCGGAUGAUCAAGCACUUUAAGAAGCAGCGGAGGUUGAUUCCAGAGAGGACCGUGUGGAAGUACUUUGUCCAGCUGUGCAGUGCGCUGGAACACAUGCACUCUCGACGGGUCAUGCACAGAGAUAUCAAGCCAGCUAAUGUGUUCAUAACUGCCACAGGAGUGGUGAAGCUGGGAGAUCUGGGACUGGGAAGAUUCUUCAGCUCCAAAACCACCGCUGCCCAUUCUCUAGUGGGCACCCCCUACUACAUGUCUCCAGAAAGAAUACAUGAAAAUGGAUACAACUUCAAAUCUGACAUCUGGUCGCUAGGCUGCCUGCUCUACGAGAUGGCAGCUCUCCAGAGCCCGUUCUACGGUGAUAAGAUGAACCUGUACUCGCUUUGUAAGAAGAUAGAGCAGUGUGACUACCCUCCACUUCCAUCUGACCACUACUCUGAAGAGCUGAGAAAGGUGGUAGAUAUGUGUAUUAACCCCGACCCAGAGAAGAGGGCUGACAUCAUAUACGUGUAUGAUAUUGCCAAACACAUGCAACGCCAGACGCAGCUGGGCAGCUAAGUCUUCACCGGAGACACACUACGACCUGCACUCCUCUCCUCUCCUCUCCUCCUCUCCUCUCCUCUCCUCUCUUCCCUCACCUCCACAGAAGGACAGGCAGACAUCGAUGUUGUCUUUCACACAAUCAUGUAUUCCGAAGUUCAGUUGUUCCGAGGUCUCUGUAUUGUUAAGGUUGUUUUUGUUUAGGAGAAGGGAGUGCUGUCUGUAUGUCCCAGAUAUGUCCUGUAUCUAUUCCCAUUGAGCUUAAAGAUGGCUGCAGCUAAGAAUGUUCUGAUGGUGCCCCCUGCCCUGCCCUGCCUGGCCCUGCCUUAGACCGCUGCGUCACUCGGGAGGCCCGGUCCUGACGUAGUUAAAUAGAAAUAGCAGCAUAUGUACUGUCUCCAUAUGUACUGUCUCCAUAUGUACUGUCUCCAUAUGUACUGUCUCCAUAUGUACCGUCUCCAUAUCUACACAGCCUGUAUCACAGAGGAAUCUGCCAUAUGAAUGUUUAGUGUUGUACUGUUAGUUAUUUUAGUAACAGAACAUCCUGUUAGAUGUAGUUUAUCUGGAGAGCUAUAGUAUCGAGAUCCAAUCAAAAAUACAGACGGAAAGAAGAAGAAGAAGAAGAAGAAGAAAUCGAGUGUUUAGAUGGUUAAAUGUUGCACUUUGUACCCCGGUACUGACAGGGUGGUGAGGUAAUGUGGUGAGGUAAUGUGGUGAGGUAAUGUGGUGAGGUAAUGUGGUGAUGAAUGUGUCUAGGAGGGGGGUGGCUUUUACCCCAAAGAGCAAAGAGAGAACUAGUGAAGAGGUAGGUAGAGGUAGAGAGAUGCUGCAAGUUAACACCGAGGUUAUACAUUUAUGUACUUGGUUGAAUGUAAUGAUGAUGUUAUAAUUUCAAAUAUAAAAGCUUUAUUUCCAUUUUUUAAA